CCCCCACCCCCACCAGCAACAACACAUGGCACAGCAGCUAGCACGAGGGAGUUUGAGUACUGUAAGAGCGAGUUCGAGUCCCCAUAUUUUGCCUGGUGUAUCCUCUUCUUCCCCAAGCCUACGACCUGCUCAGCUGUCCCCAAAAGCGUCAAACUUCAGUAUUGCAGCUAUCCUUGGGGGUCGGUGUGGGGGUGCUCCGUCAAACGCGACCGUCUCUUCCGCGCCCCCACCCACCCACCACUCGUCCUCUGAUCAAACUGGUGGUGCAGGAGGUAGCGUGGUCACCUCUAGUUCUGGCUAUAGCCACUCGUUCCGAGCCGUGGAGACGGGGAAAGAGGGAAGCUCCACUUCUGUCGACUCUCGACCCUCAACCCCAACGCCGUCCUUGACCUCCGAAUCUGGGCCAAGGUCACCAGCUGGUGAGUGCGAGGUGGACGUGGAGACGGACGCUGCAGACGUCCAGAUCGCUUCUCCCGCCACGCCGUACAAGGAGAAACUUGGGAUAGCAGACAUCAAAGUGGAGAACGAGGGCGCGGAUGACGUCACCAGCAAGAUAAAAUGUCGUCUGGAGACCAAGGAUUUGUGGGACAAAUUCCAUGAGUUGGGGACUGAGAUGAUCAUAACCAAGACUGGGAGAUUACUAAGCUGAAGAUCGACAGUAACCCGUUCGCCAAGGGUUUCAGAGACUCCAGUCGACUCACAGAGUUCGACAGGGAGACCAUGGAGAGCCUGCUCCACAACCACUCGUACGCCCGCUCACCUCUACGGGCCUUUUCAGAGGCAGAGUUCGAGGAGGCGAUCAAGAACAGAGACAAUAAAGAUCACGCAGCGGCCCUGAGUCUUCUGUACAGCUGGCGGAUGCAGUCAGCGUCCCUGUUGCCAGGGCAACCCACCGUCGUUGGUCCUAACCCUUACGCCGUGUACGGCAGCUUCCUGGGGCACGCCUACCGAGGGGUGGAGGCGUCGGCAGCCGCUGCAGCAGCCGCAGCCGCAGCGGCAGCAGCAGCUUCCGGAGACAUGCGCAAUGGAGGCGCGUCUGUCAUGAACGACGUCCUUAUGCGUAGCUCUUUCUACAAGCAGACGGUGACGUCAUCUCUCGCCGCGGCCUACCAGCGCGGGUUGUACAGAUACCACCCGUACCUCCCUCAGGACCGCGUGCGAUCGCCUGACACUUAGUGGGAUGUAUCACGUGCGUGGCUAGGCUAAAACAGGACGGUUAUCGCGUGCUUGGAAGUGGAACCAAAGUGGACAAAAGAAAUGUAAUCCACAGAGAGGAAAAAGAUGCUAAAUCCGCACCUGAUGGACAUGGAUGGCUGGUGCCUGAUGUAAGUGAAUUAUUGAUGGCCAAUGGUCAAUGGUCGUCGUCACAGCACUUGAUCAAACAAAA